CGCACCGAAAAGCCCGGGUUACAGAAGAGCAUGGAGGAAAAUGGGGACAGAUAAGAGGAGCCAGUUCAAUGUCCUGACCAGGUGACCCGAUGUGGAGGAGGUUGCUGCUGGAGGGCACCACCUGUCUCUUGCAGGCGGCAGACCCAAAGGUUCUCCACCACAGACACUUGUCAUCCCCGUGUUCGAGGCUCCUCACUCAAAGGCGUCCGUGUGUCCUCCGGCUUAGGGAUGCUGGCUUCCCCCUGGCGCACGGUGGGACCAGGGCGUUUAAAAAGGACGCCAAUUCCAACGCGGAGUUCCCCGCGAGCCCCAUCACGGUCACCGAAAUCAAACAGUACAUCCGCUCCAAGGACAUCCCCUUCCACGAUGGCUACAGCUGCCUCCACGUCCCGAGCAUCUUCGUCCAGCCGCCCGCCCGGAGGGACGCCUUCUCCCUGUUCGUCGACAAGACCACGGGGCAGUUCCUCUGCAAGGACACGCUGGUGGAGGGGAGCUGGGAGGAUCUGCAGGACUGUCUGGAGGUGAUGCAGAAAGAGGAGCAGGACUUCCUCAGCCCCCACGUGCUGCUGGGGUACCCGGAGAGCGUGGAGGAGCAGGAGGACAGGGAGUGCGAGCUGAGGGAGGUGCAGAGGAUCUGGUCCAGCGCCGUGCCCCUCACGGAUGUCCCAGAGGACGAGGUGCAGCUGGUUAAAACCAUGUUCCAGAUCACAAAGUUGUCAAACGCAACCCUCAAGAAGUUUGGUGUGAGGCUCUUCAAGCCGACCAAGAGUCUGGUUUUCCCCUGGUUCGGCGGACCCGACUCCUCUUUGAAGGGGGUGAAGCUCCUCUCCGCCCAAAACACAGAUACUGAGAAAGUUAUAUACAAAGAAGCAACUGUUCCAAAGUGUAGUUCUUACUACAACCUGUUUGGCCUCCCCCUGGUGAGCCGCAUGGACUCUGAGGUGGUUCUGACUGGACACGAGCUGGACACUCUGGCCGUGAGUCAGGCCACGGGGCUCCCCAGUGUGGCUCUACCGCGGGGGGUCAGCUGCCUCCCUCCGAUCUUACUGCCGUACCUAGAACAGUUCAAGCAGGUGACACUGUGGCUGGGAGGCGACAUUCGCUCCUGGGAGGCGUCGAAGAUCUUUUCUCGCAAGCUUGGCCUGAGGCGCUGCUCUCUGGUGCGGCCCGGGGAGUACCGGCCGUGUCCCGUCGAGGCGCUCGCUCAGGGGAAAAACCUGAGCCAGAUCGUCAAAGCCUCCAUCCCGGCGGCCCACAAGUCCAUAGUGUCCUUCAGGCAGCUCCGGGAGGACGUGUACGGGGAGCUGCUGAACACGGAGCAGGUAGCCGGGGUGAAGUGGACGAGGUUCCCAGAGCUCAACCGCAUCCUGAAGGGACACCGCAAGGGGGAGCUGACCGUCUUCACAGGUCCUACAGGCAGCGGGAAGACCACCUUCAUCAGCGAGUUAGCCCUGGACCUGUGCACGCAGGGCGUCAACACGUUGUGGGGCAGCUUCGAGAUCAACAACGUGCGUCUGGCCAAGAUCAUGCUCACGCAGUUCGCCAUGCAGCGGCUGGAGGAGAACCUGGAGCAGUACGACUUCUGGGCAGACAAGUUCGAAGAGCUGCCUCUGUACUUCAUGACCUUUCACGGGCAGCAGAACAUCAAGACAGUGUUGGACACUAUGCAACAUGCCGUCUACCUCUAUGACAUAAACCACGUCAUAAUUGACAACCUUCAAUUCAUGAUGGGGCAGGAAAACCUCUCGGUAGACAAGUUCGCCGUUCAGGACCAUAUUAUCGGGGCAUUUAGGAAGUUUGCAACCAACAGCAGCUGCCACGUCACUCUGAUCAUUCACCCGAGGAAAGAGGAGGAUGACCGAGAACUGCAAACGGCCUCCAUCUUUGGUUCUGCUAAGGCGAGCCAGGAAGCCGACAACGUCCUCAUUUUGCAGGAGAAGAAGCUGGUGACGUGUCCCGGCCGCAGGUCCCUGCAGGUGACCAAGAACCGCUUCGACGGAGACGUGGGCAUCUUCCCUCUGGACUUCAUCAAGUCCUCGCUCACCUUCUCGGCCCCCAUCAAGGGCAAGCACAAACUGAGGAAGGUCCCCCCCACCAAGCCAGAGAACGAGGAGGCGGAGAAGGGGAACGAGGUGGCGAAGGAGGCGAAGGAGAACGAGGUGGCGAAGGAGGCAAAGAAGAAGAAGGAGGAGGUUAAAAAGGUGAAGGCGGUGAAAGCAAACAAAACGAUGGAGACACUACAACCCGCCACUGGAAAGUAAAUCACCCAGAAGUCAUUAUUAGUAAAUUUCCAAACAGUGUAGAUGAUCUCUGUUGCAUCAGUUUCACUGCAGCCACAAGUCAAUACUUUACCAUGAUGUAUUUUACAUAAAAAGAUAAUAUUGUCAUACCGUUUAAUGUCCGUAGUGUAGGGUUGAAGUAAGCUAAACAUACAGAAACGGCAACACACUGGUAAUGCAUUGAAUUGCAUGUUGUAGAAUAUAUGAAGUCGACAGCUCUGACUGUAAUCCCCCCCAGUGAUUUAUUUCAUCAUGGAAUUAAGUUUAACCAGAUUUUGAACUAAAUGAUGGUAAAGUGUUGAUCAUGUUGGACUUCUUCUGUAUGACACUGAACUCUCUGCCGAAGGUGUUGAUAAAAUCCUGCUCAACUUAUUCUUCAGUUCCAAAAAUAUGCUAUGACACAAAGUCUUGUAUUUCAUGGUUUAACACUUUUCACACUGUCUAACUGUCAAGCACUGGAAGAAGAGUACCUUUAUGUUCUCUCUACUAACUCCUCUGGACAGUGAUGAUCUAUUGAACAAGCUGCUUUUCUUAAAAAAAUGGAUAAAAUGCUUGUGAUGCA